AAACCCUUUGUCCAAUAGAGAGGAAUUUGCAGCAGUAAACCCCAAGCAACACCCUAACAAGCACCGCUGUCGCAGCCGCCGUGAUGUCAUCCCGGCCGGAGCUACAAGCACCACCGGAGAUUUUUUAUGACGAUGUUGAAGCUCGCAAAUACACUUCAUCUUCUCGUAUCGUUGGAAUUCAGGCAGAGCUAUCAGAGAGAGCACUAGAGCUACUUGCAUUGCCUGAUGAUGAUGUUCCUCGAUUGCUUCUAGACAUAGGUUGUGGUUCGGGUCUUAGUGGUGAAACAUUAUCUGAAAAUGGACAUCAAUGGAUUGGACUAGAUAUAUCGCGUUCAAUGCUUGACGUUGCUUUGGAGCGGGAGGUGGAUGGCGAUCUUAUACUUGCUGACAUGGGUCAGGGACUAGGGCUCCGUCCUGGAGUGAUCGAUGGUGCCAUCAGUAUAUCGGCUGUCCAGUGGUUGUGCAAUGCUGAUAAAUCUUGCCAUGAGCCACGACUUAGAUUGAAGGCUUUCUUUGGUUCGCUUUAUAGAUGCUUGAGCAGGGGAGCUAGGGCCGUUUUUCAAUUGUAUCCAGAAAAUAAUGCCCAACGAGAGCUAAUCUUAGGUUUUGCAAUGCGUGCCGGAUUUGCUGGCGGUGUUGUCAUUGAUUACCCCCACAGCUCAAAGAAAAGAAAAGAGUACCUUGUACUAAGCUGUGGGCCACCUUCUAUGACCACCACCACACCAAGUGCCAAAGGUGAAGAUGGAAACAGUUGUUCAAAUGACGAUAGUAGUGGCGACGAAGAGAACCAAACUGUGUCUGUCUCAGAUAGACAAAGGCCACGAAAAAAGCAAAAAACAACAAAGAAAGGCAAGACAAGAUCAUGGGUAUUAAAGAAAAAGGAGCAGAUGAGGAGCAAAGGAAAUGUUGUCCCUGCUGAUACAAAGUACACCGCCCGCAAAAGGAAGGCUCGAUUUUGAUCAUCUUUGUUGUAUCUCUAUUGAGAGUUUUUAGGUUAUGUGAUUUAAUAUGUUUCACCUUUUACAUCUUGAUGUUCUACCGAAAGUCACCAUAUACUAUUGAGAAUUACUAAUUGAGAAUUUUGAGGUUAUGUAAUUUAUUACAUUUCACCUUUCCAA